AUGUACUCGCAGACGAAGCGGGGCUCGCCGGAGCUCAAGGCGUCGGCGUCCGCCUCCGCGGUGACGCUGGCUGCGUCGACUAUGCCUGUCGCCAAGCGAACAAAGCUAGAGGCCACGCAGCGCAACCCGAUCCACGUCUCAAAGGAUGUGGCAGAUGCCUGUGGCACGGUGAACCCGCUCUCGGCGCGCCUCUACAGCGACGGUGUCAGCAGUGGCGCUCAGGUUGGAGUGCCGAAUCGUCUAACGCAGUGCCAGUCACCUGCUGCCAGCUUCGUGCCCCACCCGCCCGCUGAGCUGGCGGUAACCACGGCUGCUAAGACGGACCCCGCCGCCUCCGCCCGCUUCCGCGGCGAGACGCACAUGGUGAACUCGCUGCAUGUGUUCAACCCGCCGAGUCACACAGACGCAGAGCUCAAGGAGGUGUUCGCCGCCUCCGCCAAGUCCAAGUCUAUCUCGUCACGACUCCUUCGCGGCACAGCGGCGGCGGCGGCGCCACCGGCAAAGCUCCGUCCGCUGACGUCGGGGCGAGUGAGUGCCGGUGGCGGCAACACUGGCGCCGCGGCGACCGCCUUGUCCGACCUCCCGCAAGACAAGAGCACUGCGGAGGUUGCGGCAAUGCGAGCGCUGGCCACCAUUCCACGCUUUCACAAGUCCACCUCGAACUCGCCGAACGAGUUCGUCUACUUGAUGAUGCGCCCUCGCGGCAUUCGCGACCCGUUGAACCCGUACGACCUGCAGCCGAUGGCCCGCACCGAGGCACAGGGCCGCAGCUACUACACCGUCUCUGCCGCCGGCGUAACGCACUUCACCGAGGGUGGCGCCGAGUUCAUUGAGCUGCCCAAGUGGGAGCGCGAGUGUCGUAUCUUCCAUGCUAUCCGCGAAAUGCUCGUGUUUAGCGAGUACAAGCGCUGGCGCAACUUUGUUCUGUGGCGAAGCCUUGUACGUCGCAGUGCGACGGCAAACACUCGGCAGUUCCUCGCCGCACACCUGUUUGCCGCCCACCCGAACCUGUCGGGAGCUCUGCAGGCGGUGCGCAACAUCUGUCUGGAAACUGCUGCCUCCGAGGACCUUUACCAGUCCAGCACGGAGACAAGCACGCUCGACGCGUACACGACGACGCUGCAGACGCACUUGCAAGAGGAGCGGCGCCGGUUGGAGAUGAUGAUAAAGCGUAUUCGUGAUCACGUUGAGCAGGCGUGCAAGACUACCAUGUUCACCUGGCAGCUCGAGCGUGAGCGGCAGAAGCUGCUCUACGAGGACGCCGACCAGCAGAAACGGAAGGUGCUCGACGUGCGGGAGCUGGGCAUGCAGGAGCAGCCGUCGUACAUUGAGCUGACGCAGCGCAAGACGAUGUGCCGGCGCCUCACCGCCUUCAUCAAGCUAUGCGACUAUCUUAUUGUGGAGUGCCUCACCGGGCUGGCCGCCAAGGCUGUGUCGCACGUGCGACGCGACCUGGAGAUGUCGAACACUGUUCCGGCGAGCGCGCCGGCUGUGGCAACGGAGAAGACUCGCCGCGGUGGUGGUGCAGCCGCGGCUACGACGACCAGCGUCUUCACAGGCCCGCUCUGGAAUGUCGACGUGGUGUACAAUGUCGACCAGCAGGCUAUCGAGCUCGUGCCGUCGGCGGUGCAGAUUCGCGAGGCCAUUGAGGACGCGCUCCAGGACUAUGUGCGCGCUGUCGGUGUGAUCCCGCGGCUAACGUCGCUCAACACGUUCCUGAUCUACACCAGCAAUGCGCAGGACGAGCUGGGGAACGACACGGUCAGCGCGGGACCAGAUGUGGCGGAAAUGGUGAUGGCCGAAGAGAGCUACAAGCAGGACGUGGCCGCCAUUCACACCUCCCUCGCCAGCUCCUUCGCCAAGAUGCACCGCUACGCCCACACCUUCGAGGUGUUCAAGGAGAUGUAUAUUAGCGACAGCCAGCUGCGGGAGGAGACGCUGCUGGAGAGCAACGAGACGCUGCACUACUUCCGCGAGCAGCUCGCCACCUAUAAGGCGCAGACGGAGUCCAUCUCGUCGAAUAUUCCAAACUUCGCGGACAUUGGGAUGAUGCGGAUGUGGACAGAGGGGCUGCGCGACUUCUUCACGCCGAGCCCGGUGACGUGCUUGGACAUCUUCCACAAGGCCCUCCCCAUCAUCGCGCGCCGGCGCAACGAAACCCUGCUCAAGGAGCUGCAGGAGCACACGACCUAUCUUGCCGCGACGCCGAAGACGAUUGAACACUAUGUAGAGUACCUUGACUACUGCAACUCGCUGGAGAACUCCUUCGACGGCAUUGCCUCUUCCUACGACGUGGUGCGCGAACUGUUCAACCUCCUGCAGGAAGAGAAGAUCGACGUGAGCGAGGAAGACGACGAGACGUACCGCAGCGGCACCCGGCCGCAGUUCGACAAGCUGCGCACGCUGCUGCAGAUCACUGAGGACAGCAAGGAAGCACAGCAGCGCUUCUUCAGCCGCAGCAUUGAAGAGGAGAUGGACCAGCUGCGCCGCCGCAUCGAGUCCGUGUACGACCGUGCGGGACAGCCGAUCGUCAUGUCGGGCGAGGCGGACGUGGCAGAGGCAAACGCGUACAUAAAGGCCCUUCUCGAAGAGGCAGAGGGCAUCGCCGCGCGCGAGAAGAAGCUGCGCGAGUUCCAGAUCGAGAUCGGGGCCGAGGAGACCGUGGUGGAGGUCAUGGCCGAGAUGCUGCACGACGUGAGCAUCAAAGCGAAGCUGUGGUCCGGCAUCGGUGACUGGAACACCUUCACGGAAGAGACCCACGCGCUUCCCUUUGACCAGCUCGACGUACCGGCGGUCCAGGAGGUGGUGCAGAAGUACUCGUCGCUAGUAAAGCAGGUGUCCUCGAAGCUGGCAAGCAACGCGGUGGUGCCGCGGCUGAAGAGCAGCGUAGAGGAAUGGCGCCAACUGCUGCCGAUCCUGCAGGCGCUCACGAACCCUUCUCUCAGGUCGGAGCAUCACGCAAAGAUCUCCCUGAUCAUCGGACCCGUCGCAGACGCCAGCGGCAACACCUCGAAGACUCUCAGCGAGUGGGCAAACCAGUUCACCAUAGGAAUGCUGCUGCAGCACCAAAUCCUCAAGUACCGCGACGAGGUACUCCUCGUGAGCGCGUCGGCCACCGAGGAGGACAAGCUGCAGCGGCAAAUCGACAGGGUGAACGCGAUGUGGAACGGCGGUGGGCCGAAGCCGCCUGCGGAAUUCCAGUUCCACGCGCACAAGGACAGCAAGGACGUCUUCACACUCGUCGGCGCCUCCGUCGAGGACGUGACGACGCUGCUGGAUGACUCCACUGUCGCCAUCUCGACCAUCGGCAGCAGCAAGCACUGCCAAGGUGUACUGCGCUCGCAGGUGGACCGAUGGGAAAACCGGCUCAAGUACAUGUCGGAGACGCUGGAGAAGUGGGUGGAACUGCAGCGCAACUGGAUCUACCUCGAGAAUAUCUUCUCCUCCGUUGAAAUACGCAGCCAGUGGAAGGACGACGCUCAGCGCUUCGAGAAGGUCGACCGCUUUUACCGCGACCUGAUGCGCAAGGCCCACGACUUGCCGACCGCCUACCGAAGCCUCCUCAUCAACCCACCAUCCUUCGACACCGCCGCCGCCGGUGGUGGCCGCACGCUGAAGCACGACCUCGAAACGUACAUCAAGGAGCUGGAGAAGGUGUUGAUCAGUAUGGAGAAGAAGUUGGAGGAGAAGCGGCGCGCCUUUCCACGCUUCUACUUCCUCAGCAACGACGACCUGCUCGACUUGCUCGCCAAGGCCAAGACACCAGAGCUGAUGAUGCUGCACAUGCUGAAGAUGUUCGACGGCGUCAAGUCCCUCACGCUGUCGGCGCAGAACGACAUCACGCACAUGAACUCCAUGGAGGGGGAGCAGGUGGAGCUGGACCAUCAGGGCAUCAAGGCGCGUGGACCGGUGGAGGCCUGGAUGGACUUGCUGGAGCGCGAGAUGUUCUCGACGCUACGGUGCCGCGCCCAGCGGUGUCUCGAAGACUACGAGGCUCGCCAGGACCGCACCGAUUGGAUGUUUCAACACCCAGUGCAGCUCGUGCUGAUCGUGGAGCAACUUCUGUGGACGCGUAGCGUCGAGGAGGCGCUUGACAAGAUCGACUCCCCGCAGCUCAUGCUCCGUAUGCGUGACGAACAGCGCCGCAACCUCGAGGUGCUGGCGGAGCUGACGACACGCAACCUCUCCAAGGUCCAGCGUGUUCUUCUCUCGACAAUCAUCACGAUCGACGUGCACGGCCGCGAUCUUGUCGAGGAGAUGUGCGACAGCGGCGUCGCCGAGUCGCUAGAGUUCGGCUGGACGAAGCAGCUGCGCGUGUACUGGGAGAAGGACGCGGACGGCAAUGGCACGGUGUUCAUUCGCCAGAACAAUUCUCGGUUCGUGUACGGCUACGAGUACCUCGGCGCACAGGGACGACUCGUCAUCACCCCGCUGACCGACCGCAUCUACAUGACCGUGACAGGUGCCUUGAAGUUGCAUCUCGGUGCCUCUCCUGCCGGGCCGGCCGGCACUGGCAAGACGGAAACGGUGAAGGACCUGGCCAAGAAUCUGGCGCGGCAGUGCAUUGUGUACAACUGCUCUGAUGGCGUCACGUACAAGAUGAUGGAAAAGUUCUUCUCAGGUCUCAUCCAGACCGGUGCGUGGGCCUGCCUUGACGAGUUCAAUCGCAUCAACAUCGAGGUACUCUCCGUCAUCGCAUCCCAGCUGCUGGAGAUCAAGCUGGCGCUGCAGAACGCACAGGAGACGUUCACGUUCCAGGGCACACCCGAUGUACGUGUGAGGGCGACGUACGGCGCCUUCGUCACCAUGAACCCCGGCUACGCUGGACGCACGGAGCUGCCGGACAACUUGAAGAUCCUGUUCCGCCCCGUGGCGGUCAUGACGCCGGACUUCCGCAUGAUUGCUGAGGUGAUCCUCUACUCGGAAGGCUUCAAGAACGCCCAUGACCUGUCGCUGAAGAUCACGCAGCUCUACAAACUCAGCUCAGAGCAGUUGUCGCCGCAGGACCACUACGACUUCGGUAUGCGUGCGUUGAAGUCGAUUCUCGUCAUGGCCGGUGACCUCAAGCGCUCUCAGCCGGAGGUGGAGGAGGACCUCACGCUGAUCGUGGCGUGUAACGACUCGAACGUGCCGAAGUUCGUCGCGGAGGACAUUCCGCUGUUCCGCGGCAUCAUGCAGGACCUGUUCCCUGGCGUGAGCUUCCCGGAGCGCGAAUAUCAAGAGCUGCUACCAGCGAUGCAGCGCAUCAUGUCCGAGAAGAAGCUAGUGGACGCUGGGCAGUGGGUGAAGAAGGGCAUCCAGUUCUACGAGACGCUCAUUGUGCGGCACGGCGUGAUGCUGGUCGGCGUGACGGGCACAGGUAAGACGGAGGCACGGCAGUGCAUCGCGGAGGCUCUGACAGAUCUCGCCGUCGCAGGGAGCGCGAACAAGAUGGCACGCCCUGUCAUCCAGUUCGUGCUCAACCCCAAGUCGGUGCUCUUGCACGAGCUGUACGGACAGCUGGACGUGAACACGAACGAAUGGAAGGAUGGUGUGCUCGCUGCCAUCGCAAAGGAGUGCGUGCGGGCCUCAGAGGUCUCGUCGGAUCACCGGUGGAUGGUCUUCGACGGCCCUGUGGAUACGCUCUGGAUCGAGUCGCUGAACUCGGUACUGGACGACAGCAAACUCCUCUGCCUUGACAGCGGUGAGCGCAUCAAGCUACCCGACACGAUCCACAUGCUGUUCGAGGUUGCGGAUUUGGCGGUGGCCUCGCCGGCGACGGUGUCGAGGUGCGGCAUGGUGUAUGUGGACGCUGAGGACUUGCCAUGGAACGCCGUGGCAAGCCAGUGGAGUGAGACGAAGCUCGCUGCUGCCGGCGCGCAGCCGCAGUGCCGCGCCUACAUCAUUUCCCUCUUCGACGCCUACGUAGAGAAGGGGCUUACCUGGCUGAAGCAGCUGCCCGCGUCGGCAUGUCUGAUCCGUGCCGGAGACAUCAACAUCGUGCAGUCCCUGUGCGACCUGUUCACCGCGCUCAUGCGCGUGAACAAGGUGCAGCUGAUGGCGGACCCUGUCAGUGAGGCGCCGCCGCCGUCGGACGACCCGAUGUUUCGCGAGCGCAACGAAAUCUGCAACGCCAUCUUUGCCUUUUCAUUUGUGUGGUCUGUCGGCGGCAACGUUGACCACGCUGCGAUGGAGAGCUUCGACACAAUGGCGCGCACGCUUCUCGAGUCGGUGGCACGCUUCCCCAACUACGGCAGUGUGUACGACUACACCAUCAACUUUUCAACGCGGCUGCUCGUGCCUUGGGAAUCGCUGGUGCCUGAGUUCACCUACAACCCCGCCACGCCGUACUUCAACAUCCUUGUGCCGACUGUGGACACGGUGCGCUACAGCACCAUCGCGCAGACGCUGCUUCAGUGCAAGAAGCCCAUCCUCUUCAAUGGUCAAACCGGCGUCGGUAAGACAUUCAUCAUGGCGGACUGCCUCCAGCGCAACAAGGAGUCGCUGCAGCUGUCGCUCGUCACCUUCCAGUUCAGCGCGCAAACGUCGUCGGAGCGGACGCAGGAGCUGAUUGAGGCGAAGCUGAAGCCAAAGCGCAAGAACUUGCUCGGCGCCGCUCCGGGCAAGUCCGUCGUGCUCUUCAUUGACGACUUGAACAUGCCAGCCGUGGAAGUGUUCGGUGCGUCUCCGCCGAUCGAGCUGCUGCGACAGCUGAUGGGCCAGGGUGGCUUCUACGACCGCAAGUUGGCUGGAAUGUGGAAGACGGUGCAGGACGUCACGGUCGUGUCCGCCUGUGGCCCGCCAGAGGGCGGGCGCAACCCCGUCACCCCACGCCUUACUCGCUUGUUCCACCUACUCCAAGUGGCGACCCUCACGGAUGACUCAAUGAAGCGCAUCUUCGGCUCCAUCCUGAGAGGCUUUAUCGAGGCGAAGAACUUUGCGCGCGAGGUAAAGGACAUGGCGCCGUCGCUCGUGAUGGCCACUGUGGACGUCUUCAACACGAUCCGCGACGCCCUGAGGCCGCGGCCGACCACACCGCACUACACGUUCAACCUGCGCGACCUCUCGAAGGUGUUCCAGGGCAUGACGCAAGUGAUUCCGCGCGUCUGCCGUGACACCGCAACGUUUGUGCGACUGUGGCUGCACGAAGUGAUGCGGUGCUUCUACGACCGACUCGCCACGGUGGAGGAUCGGCGCUACUUCGUGGAGGACGUCCUCGCGGAGACGGCGUCCCGCGUGUCUCCUGGCGCGGCGGAAAGCCUGAUCGCGUCACCGGCGCUGUGGGCGGAUUUCACCCGCUUCGGAUCGGUUGAGAAAGUAUACGAGGAGGUGCCGGAGGCACAGCGGCUGGCGCAGGUGCUCGAGGAGUACCAGGACGACUACAACGCCACAGAGGCGACCGCCAAGCCGGACGACGCGAGCGGCGGCACCACCACCGUGCAGGCGUCGCAGCUGGGCCUCGUCUUCUUCAAGGAUCAUUGUGAGCACAUUGCCCGCAUCAUCCGAAUUCUGCGGCAGCCGCGCGGCAACGUGCUACUGGUCGGCGUCGGCGGCUCCGGCAAGCGCUCCCUCACCAGGCUCGCCUCCUUCAUCGGCGGCUGCCGCAUCUUCGAGACGUCCGUCGGCAAGGGCUACAGCAUGAACGACUUCCACGAGUUCCUGCUGGAGGUUUACACAUACGCCGGGGUGAAGAACGAGCCGUGCGUGAUGCUGCUCUCCGACAACCAAAUUAUUGACGAGGCGAUGCUGGAGGACGUGAACAACAUCCUCAACUCCGGCGAGGUGCCGUCGCUCUUCAACGCAGAAGAGCGCGAGAAGCGCGUGAAUGCCUGCAUUGAGGCAGCCCAGCAGCACGGCAUCAGCAGCAGAGAGGAUAUCUACAACUUCUUCAUCAACCGUGUACGUGACAAUAUGCAUGUGGCGCUCUGCAUGAGCCCGGUUGGCGACAUGUUCCGUACCCGCUGCCGCCAGUUCCCGUCGCUCACCAACUGCUGCUCCGUCGACUGGUUCGACGAGUGGCCGCGGGAGGCGCUAGAGGGGGUGGCGAGGCGCUUGCUGCAGGAUAUCGCACACGCUGUGCCGGCCAGCUUCCACGAGAAACUGCCGCAGCUCUGCGUCGAUGUACACGCGGCGACAACCGAGAUGGUGCAGCAGUACUACGAUGAGCUGCGCCGGCGCUACUACAUUACCCCGACCUCCUACCUGGAGUUCAUCGAGACGUACAAGGCGCUCCUGCAGAGUCGGCGCAGCCGGGUGGAGGCGCAGCUCGCCCAGGUCGAGAACGGCACGGAAAAGAUGCGCGAAACCGAGGAAACGAUCACAAAGAUGAAGGUCGAAAUCGAGGAGAAGCAGCCGCAGCUGGAGAAGGCGUCCGCGGAGACACAGGCAGUUGUAGCGGACUUAAAGGUGCGGCAGGCGAAGGCGGCGGAGGUGCAGGUGCAGGUGCGGGCGCAGCAGGACAGCGCGACGGUGCAGCAGCACGACGCGUCUCAGAUCGCGGCAGAGGCUAACGCACGCCUGGCUGAGGCGAAGCCGAUCAUCGACAAGGCGAAGGCGGCCCUCGACACGAUCCAGGCCAGCGACCUCAACGAGCUCCGCUCCUUCGCCAACCCACCUUCGGCGGUGCUGAAGACGACGCAGGCAUGCAUGACUAUGUUUGAUGCGAAGGACUUCAACGGUGCGUGGUCUGGCAACACGGACUGGAAAGGUGCGCGAGAGUUUCUGUCGCACCGCUCUCUGCUGGACAUGAUCCGCGGGUACCCCACCGACAACGUGAAGCCGGCGAUUCUGCAGAAGGUGCAGAAAUACAUCAACGACCCCGAGUUCACGGUUGAGGUGUGUUCGUCGAAGGGCUCGCAGACGUGCGGGUCGCUGUGUGCGUGGGUGCACGCCGUCAACGAGUACUCGAAGGUGGUGAAGGAGGUGGCGCCGAUGCGGCAGGCGGCGGCCGAGGCGGAACAGCACUUGGCAGCGACAAAUGCGAAGCUGCACGCCGCACAGCAGCAGCUGAAGGAGGUGGAGAAGGAGCUGUCCGAUCUCGAGCAGCGCUACCAAGGCAGCGUCGCAAAAAAGAAUGACCUGGAAAAAGGCCUGCAGCUGUGUAUCAUCCGCCUCCGCAACGCCGAGACGCUGUCCGGCUCCCUCAGGAGCGAAGGGGCCCGCUGGACAGAGAAUAUCAAGUUGCUCAAGGCUCAGCUGACCGUGCUCCCGCUGCAGGUAUUCAUGGCAAGCGCCUCGGUCGCCUACUUCGGCGCCUUCACCCCAGCGUUCCGUCAGCGGCUCAUCGCGCAGUGGACGGUGCAGCUGGCGGAGCGUGGAUGUGAGGUGGGCGACUUCUCUUUGACCGCCGUCCUCGGCGACCCGGUCGACACGCUAAACUGGCAGGUGAACGGGUUGCCAAGCGACGAAACGUCCACUGAGAACGCUAUUGUGGCGAUGCUGUCGACGGCUCCGCGCCGCUGGCCGCUCUUCAUCGACCCACAGGAGCAGGCCGUCAAGUGGCUGCUGCGGCAGUUCCAGCAGACCCAGGCAGCGAGCGGGUCAGGCGCGGUGGCGUCGAAAAACCGCAACAUGCUGCGUGUGGUCAAGCUGACGGACCCGACGUGGAUGCGCACCCUCGAGUUGCAGAUCCGACUCGGCGGUGUCGUGAUCAUUGACGACGUUGGUGAGUCGCUGGACCCGGCGCUGGAGCCGCUGAUCGCGCGGCGUGUUUUCACGGCUGACAGUGGCGGCCUGCAGAUCCAGCUCACCCCGCAAUCUGGGCCGAUCGACUACCACCCCAACUUCCGCAUGUUCCUGUGUAGCAAGCUGCCGAAUCCAGUGUAUUUGCCGGACAUCAGCACCCGAGUCACGCUGCUUAACUUCACGGUCACGAUGGAGGGACUAUCGGAGCAGAUGCUCGGCGAGGUCGUGUCCAUCGAGCAGCGCUCCAUGGAGGAGGAAAAGAACUCCAUCAUCCAGCGCAUCGCCCAGGGCCAGCGUCGCCUCAAAGCGAUCGAGGAGAGCAUCCUGGAGCGCCUGCAGAGCACCAAAGGCAACAUCCUCGACGACGAAGAUCUUAUCCACGAGCUGCAGUCCGCGCAGUCCAGCGCGGAGGUGAUCAGCCGCAGCCAAGCCGAGGCGAGCGAGAAGAUGCUGACCAUCUCGACAGUCCGCGAGCGCUACCGCAGCGUUGCCGUGAGGGCGGCGUUGCUGUUCUUUGUGCUAGCUGACGUGGGUCGCAUGGAUCCGAUGUACCAGUACUCGCUUCAGUAUUUUGUGAAGCUGGUGCAGCACGAGGUGGAGGGCACCACAAAGCCUCCCGAGUACAUGGAGGCAGACCCAGCCAUGCUGGAAGACCACCUUCAUGCUGCAAUCAGCAACCUCACGAGGGCCACGUACACGCAGAUCUGCCGAGGUCUCUUCAACAAGGACAAGACCAUCCUGUCGCUGCUCAUAGCGACGGCGAUCGCCCGGCAGGACGGCGUGAUCGCAGACGAGGAGUGGCAGUACUUUGUGCGCGCCACCGCCUUUGUUGCCUCGGAGCUGCCGGAGCAGUCGCCAGCCCUCGCUUCGUGGAUGAACCGUGUACAGUGGGAGUUGGCUGAGGCGCUCAGCCGCACCGUGCCCACCUUCCAUGAUCUUAUCGCCAGCAUGGAGUCGGAGCCGGAGGCGUGGCGGGAGUACGCACAGUCCGACAUGCCCCACUCCGCCACACUGCCGGGCGACUGGCAGUCGCGUCUACACCUCUUUCAGCGUGUGUUGCUGAUCCGCUGCUUCCGUGAGGAGAAGCUUUCUUUCGCGCUCUCCGACUACGUGCACCAGACGAUGGGGGCAGAGUUCACCGAAAUGCCGCCCAUGGACCUCACCCGAACCCUCAAGGACAGCACCGCGCACACACCAAUUGUCUUCAUCCUCUCUCAGGGCGCGGACCCGAUGGAGGCGCUGCAGUCACUCGCCAAGGCCGAGGAGCGGGAGCUGCAGUGCGUGAGCCUGGGUCAAGGUCAGAGCGAGAAUGCGAAACGACUCAUCGCCACGUGCCGCAAGUCCGGUGCGUGGGCGCUGCUGCAGAACUGCCACCUCUCGAAAACGUUCAUGCCGGAGCUCUCGGCGGCCGUCGCAAGUCUGCAGCCCGACGCGGCCGGGGCGACCGAGAUCCACGAAGACUUCCGCCUCUGGCUCACGUCGAUGCCCACCGACUUCUUCCCUGUGUUUGUGCUGCAGUCGAGCGUGAAGCUGACGAACGAGCCGCCGACGGGGCUUCGGGCGAAUAUGCUACGGUGCUUUGGCGAGCUGACCCCACAGGAGUACGAAACCUUUGGCGACGAGGCCAUCGGCGGCAAGGAGUUGAAGGGGCGCGCCUUCAAGAAGCUGCUGUACGGCCUAUGCUUCUUCCACUCCGUCGUUCUCGAGCGGCGCAAGUUCGGCCCGCUCGGGUGGAACGUCAAGUACGAGUGGAACGACACGGACUUCCACGUGUCGAAGCAGUGGCUGCGACUAUUCUUUGAGGAGCAGGAGGCAAUUCCGUGGGAGUCGCUCGAGUACAUCAUUGGGCAGAUCAACUACGGCGGUCGUGUCACCGACCCACAGGACCGCGGCACGCUGCUCACCAUUCUGCGCAACUACCUCUGCCCCCGCAUCCUCGAGGAGGGCCACCGCUUCUGCGAGGAGGGGCAGUACAUUGUCCCCGCGAGCGGCACGCUGGCCGAGGCGCAGGAGCACAUUCAAGCCAUGUCCCUCGUCGAUGAGCCUGCUAUCUUUGGCAUGCACGAGAACGCCAACCUACGCUACCAGUUGCAGACGAGCGAGUACCUACUGACGAAGAUCGUGUCCAUCCAGCCGCGUCUGGUCGGAUCCGCUGGCGGCUCCGGCGCAACGCCGGAGGAAGAGGUGCGCCGCAAGUGCCAGGAGUUUGAGGCGAUGCUACCAGCGCUGCUGACGCGGGAGGAGGCAGGAACCCGCACCUUCACGACGCUCGCGAACGGACUGCCGAACUCCAUGUCGACGGUGUUGGCGCACGAGUUGGUGAAGUACAACAAGCUGCUUGACAAAAUACGCCAGACGCUCUCUGACAUGCAGAAGGCGCUGCAGGGGUUGACAGUCCUCUCUGCCGACCUCGACGCCAUGUACAGCUCCUUCCUUGCUGAUCAGGUGCCGCAGCUGUGGACGACGGUGUCUUACGCCUCGCUAAAGCCGCUCGGGGCGUGGUACCGCGACCUGCUCGCCCGCGUGCAGUUCAUCCGGUCGUGGCUGCAGAAGGGGGAGCCGGCGGCCUUCUGGAUCGGCAGCUUCUUCAACCCGAGCGCCUUCAUGACAGGCGUGUACCAAGCUUUUGCGCGCGCCGAGGGGGUGUCGGUGGACAAGCUCGGCUUCCGCUACGAAGUUCUGGGCGUGGAGCCGGAGGCGAUCACGUCGGGACCGGUACGUGGGUGCUUCGUGUACGGCAUCCAGACGGACGCAUGGCGUUGGGACUUCGAACGGCGAGUAAUGGCCGAUUCCUUGCCGGGAGAGCCUUACGCUGUGCUGCCACCUGUUCAUUUCCUGCCGGAGCCAUCGCACGCGAAGCCAGCCGACUUCCACGCCGUCCCCCUGUACCGCACGACGAUACGCGCUGGUGUCAUCUCGUCUUUGGGCGCCAGCUCCAACUACGUCCUCUCCAUCGAGGUGCCCUCGGUGGAUGGCUCCGACUACUGGUUGCUUAAGGGCUCUGCCUGCGUGUGCGCGUUGAAUCAAUAG